CGGAAGUGAGCGUACCGCAGCGAAGAAGAGGCUGUCAUUCCGGUCAAAUGCGGGUAAAUGUCAGCCUGAGCAGAACCUGUCGAGAAGCUUGAGCUUAGUGGCGCUGUUUGCUGUUCCUGCUUCGACCUUUGGAGAAAGAAAGCGGGACCAUGUUGAGGGUUUGUCUGCGAGGAGUGAAGGCUUCAGCCCGGAAGGACUGUGGGAGACUCCGUGUGAUUCACCUGCAGCAGAGCAGGGGGUACGCCUCAGGAGGAAGCAGCAGCGGCGCCUCCAGAGUGGUCUUCACUGGCUUGUUAACGGUGAGCGGCGGCAUCGGAGGCACGGUUCUCUACGCCAAUUGGGAUCCCAAGUUUCGAGCAGCGGUGGAGAAGAACGUCCCGUACUCAGACUGGCUGCUGGGCCUGGCUCUGGGACCGGCUCCUCGGGAUUCAGGACUCCCCGUCAGGAAACGGAUGGAGUCCAUCCAGCCGCCGUCCAUGAUGGAAAAGCAGAUGAAGACGUCCAAAGUCAAGUCAGGAAAGGAGACGGCGGAGCCUCCUGCCCCAGAGUCCAAUCAAGCAGCGCCUGCACCCAGCAUGCAGGAAGCUUCAGCUGAAGCUACUCAGAUCAUCUCGGCCAUCAGUGAGGUCCAGUCGGUUCCUGCUCCGUGUGACUCACAGGCUAAAGAGGAGUGCAAGGAAUGCAGCGAUCAUAAUGUUACCAUGGAAACAGCAUCUGUCCCUCACGAAGCGCAGUCAGCAGUGACAUCUGAACCUCUAAAGGAGCGACCAGUGGAAGAGGUGGCAGCUAGACUGGCCCAACAGGACCAGGAAGACAAAGACACCUUAGCAUCUGUAUCAGCUAGUCUGGAAGACUCUCUGGCUAGCACUGCUCAGGCUACUCUGCAGGCCAUCGGUGCGCAGGAAGCAGCUCUGCAGGCCAUCACUCUGCACACUGACAAGCUGAAGGAGGCAAUGGAGGCAGAGGCUCCAUCUGAGGAGAAGUCGACCCAGUGGAAAGAUCUAGAAGCUGCUCUCGCUGACAGAACCACUUCGAUGAGCGACGCCAAAGCUGCUCUUCUCAAAGCCAAUGAAGCUCUGGACGCUCUGAAAGCUGUGAUCGACUCGUCCAAAGGAUUGAAGUUCCCGGCUGCGCGGCCCCUGGUUCUGGCAGCAGAGGAGAACCUGCAUAGAAUGAUGGUGGACCUGGACAAAGUGGUCUCCAAGGUUCAGUCUGCAGAGUCGGAGGCAAAGAUCGUGGCCCAGUACAGCGAACUGGUCCGUGAGGCCAAGCAGCAGUUCCAGAGGGAGGUGAGCAGCCUGACUCCAGAGAUCCAGGCUAACUGGAAAGGACUCGCCGGCAAACUGUCCACGGACGACCUGAACGCUCUGAUCGCUCACGCUCAUCGCCGCAUCGACCAGCUGAACAGAGAGCUGGCGGAGCAGAGGGUCCGAGAGAAGGUCCACAUCCAGGCGGCGCUGGAGCAGCAGAAACUAGAGGACCAGAGAUCCCUGGAGAACGCCGUGAGCAGCGCCCUGCAGCACGUGAAGGAGGAGGCGCGGCUGGAGCAGGAGAGGAAGCUCGCAGAGUUGAGGGAAGUGAUCGAGGCAGAGAUGAGGACGCAGCUCCGCCGUCAGGCCGCCGCCCACACCGACCAUGUCCGAGACGUCCUCAAAGUCCAGGAGCAGGAGCUCAGAGCGGAAGCUGAACAGGUCCUCAGCAGCAAGAUGCUGGAGCAGGAGACGCGGUACCGGCAGCUGAGUCAGGAACAGCUGGAUAACUUCACCCUGGACAUGAACGCCGCCUACGCCAGGCUGAAGGGCGUGGAGGAGGCCAUAGACAGCCACGUGGAAGCAGAGGCGGCGGCCCGGAAAGCUCACCAGCUGUGGCUCUCUGUGGAAGCUCUCAAUUACGCCUUGAAAACUGCAGGCGCUGAAUCUCCCAGUAUGCCUCUGGAGGACGCCGCUGAGGCUGUGCGCGCCAGCUGCACGGAUAACGACUUUGCCUCGGCGCUGGCGUCGGCUCUGCCUGAAGAAUCGCUGAAGCGCGGCGUGUACAGCGAGGCUUCCCUCCGUGCUCGUUUCAACGCGCUGCGGUCGCUCGCUCGCAGAGUCGCUCUCAUCGAUGAAUCCCACAACACCUUGUACCAGUACUUCCUGUCCUACCUCCAAGCUGCGCUGCUGUUUGAGAAGCAGCAGGAAGCCCCGCCCACCCAGCUCCGCAGCGAGGAUUUGGAUCCCUUCAAGCUACUGUCCUAUGCCAGCUACUGCCUGGAGCACGGUGACCUGGAGCUAGCGGCUAAACUGGUGAACCAGCUGCGAGGAGAGGCCAGGAGAGUGGUGGAGGACUGGCUGACGGAGGCCAGGCUGACGCUGGAAACCCGGCAGGCGGCCAGUCUGCUGGCGGCGUACGCCAAUGCCGCGGGGCUAGGAAGCACUCAGGUUCCAUAGCGCUGCGGCCGAGGAAAACGUUUCAAUUCAACCACAUUAACACCAGUUUAGUUUCCUAUAUUUGUCAACAUGUCCUGAAAAGUUGAUCCACAUUCAGCUCAACUCUGUUGUGAAUAUUGCACCCGUUAAAUAAACCAUGAAAAGGAACCAU